GAAAAAACUUUUAUCAAUCAACUUAUCAAGAUUGACUUUUUCCCACCCAGACUUGGGGUUUGAAGUUUUGAACGGAUUAUUGCCUUUUGCCGCCGCGACAUCGCGUGAUAUCACAUGAUAUCACAUGAUCGAUAAGACACCCGCCCGAGAUCCCCCACGCGUUUUUCCCCCCGACACAACCCGGCCCCCGUUACGAUCACGCCUUACCGUACCGUAUCGUACUGUGCUGCAGCUGUGGACUCGGAGCCUGUCUCCGUCCCGAGUUUACCCGCCGCCUUUUCCUUGGCCGUUCCUCAUCAGAAGAAGAAGAAGCUAAAGCUAAAGCUAGAUACUACUACCUAAACUACCUACUAUUUAUCCUUAUAUCCCGUCUUUCUCCCCCCCCUCUCCUCUAUCCCCCUUUCGCGUGACUCCGGUAUGCAUGAGCUUUUGCUCUUCGCCUCGGUCCCCGCUCAUCAACAUCAUGAGCUCCUCCAGCAGCUGGCCGGCUUGACGGCCAUGCAGCCCCGGCACCGCGUGGAACGGCGUUUGAUCUUCAAGGCCCACCGCCAGCCUGGCAUGACGAACACUCGUGUUGGGGCCAGUCAGGAUCUACAGGGUGCUGAACUGCAGCGUCUGAACAAAAUGCUCAAUGGGGGCAUGUUCUACACUCAGGUCGUCGGACCCGUGGCUAAGGCCGAGUUCGGUGCGAAACCUGCCUCUGCCUCGUCCGGAGGCGCAGACGUAUCCAUGUCCGGUAUGGAGGAAAAGCCAUCUACAGCCCCCUACUCCUAUGAGGACCAGCCCUGGAAACUAGAAUUCCGAGACAUCCCUGAGGCCGGGACUCGAUCCGCAGUGACGGCGCGGCUGAUGGCGAGUGCGGUCUUGCCCAAAGGUGAUAUCACCGUUCCCAUGAAUGCGUGGGGCUAUAGCUUUGUCUCCGAGUACGUGGUGGAGGGCGAUGUCUUUGUCCUGAAUGACAUCGUGAUCUUCAUGCACCGGGUCCUGCUCUACCCGACUUCUGGGGUGCAGGAAUCACAUGGGCCUCGCCGGCAAUUGCCUGCUUACCGAGAACUCUCCCCGCUGGAACGGACCGGGAGCUAUGUCCUGCAAGCUGCCAUCACGGUCCAGGAUGGGGCCAACCAGGAGAUGAUGAAGACAGCGUCGCAGCACCUGUUUGGGCUUCGGGAGCAGCUCAAGUCAGCGGUUCGUCUGGAGCAGGCAGAUCGGCUGUCUCUGGACCCACGGGCGAAGUAACC